AUGCCUUCCAAACUCGAUGGUCCACUCGACAACGGAGAGCUGGAAGACGUUGCUUUGUACUCCUCGAAGUGGAUGCCCAUACGAGCUUCGAGAUGGAGUGUGGAUCUUGUUCGCCCUGAAUUUCUGGCGCUGAGAUCUCGAGGCCCUAAAAAGCCCAUGCGACGAACGGCGUGGCUGGACGGCCUUCGGGGCUUCGCAGCACUCAUGGUUUACAUUCAACACAAUCAACUUUGGGCACACAACCUCCAGGGCAAUCUCAUAUUCGAAAAUGCUUUUGGUUACGAAGGUCGGCGGUACUUCGCUGCCUUGCCCUUCAUUCGCCAUUUCUUCUCUGGAGGCCACUUCGCCGUUGCAAUAUUCUUCGUCAUCUCUGGCUACGUUCUCUCCAUCAAAUCUUUAGAUUUGAUACAAAAAGGACACUACCAGACUGCGGCAGACAGCAUUGGGUCUGCGCUAUUUCGUCGUUGGGUUAGACUAUACUUCCCAGUCAUUUGCAUCACCCUUCUUUUCCUGUCCUACAGACACUGGUCUCAGAUAUGGGUCGAUGUCGCUGAGUUGAAGCCCACCUACCGAGAAGAGCUCAAGAACUGGUAUUAUUCUUUCAAAAACUACAGCUUCGUUUUCUCAGAAAGCAUAUAUGAAUUCUCGAAUUCAUACCAACCACAUGCUUGGUCGAUCCCAAUCGAAUUCAAAGGCUCAAUCAUCGUUUACACCACUACAUCAGCACUGGCUCGCUGCACAAGGAAUGCACGUCUGUGUUGCGAAGUAGGACUCAUAGUCUAUUUCUUAUACGUGGUAGACGGCUGGUAUGGCGCGCUGUUUGUGUCAGGCAUGCUUCUCAGCGAUCUUGAUCUUCUUGCCUUGGCUGGCCAACAACCUAAAAUCUUCACAACGCUCGAGGGAUUCAAAGAAUUAAUCUUCUUCCAUCUUUUCAUUGUAGCCCUGUAUCUGGGCGGUGUCCCUUCCGUUGAUUCGCCAGAUAGCGAGCAUUUACUCUCAAAAUCACCUGGCUGGAGAUGGCUGUCGCAUUUGAAACCUCAAGCAGUCUUCAAUCCCAAGUGGUUCUACUUAUUUUGGGCCGCUGUACUCACGGUCGCCUCAGUACCGCGACUGCCCUGGCUCAAGGGCUUCUUCGAAACACGGUUCUGCCAAUAUCUCGCUCGGAUUUCCUUUGCUCUUUACUUGGUACAUGGGCCAGUCAUCUGGAUACUCGGAGAUCGAGUGUACGCUGCAGUGGGGUUUGCGAGAGAUGUUCAGAAAGAUCACAUUUCUAACUGGAUCGGUGCCUUCCCUCUUUCGACACAAGGCCCAAUGGGUCUUGAACUCGCAUUUUGGGCUUCACAGAUUGUUAUUCUACCUGUGACAUUAUAUGCGGCAGAGGUUGCGACCAAGCUCUUCGACGAGCCGAGCGUAAAAAUAUCGAACUGGCUUUACAAGAAAACGUUGCAACCGAGCUUACCACAGACUCCGUUACGCAAUGCCUAA